UUUUUCGGUACUGUGUGCGGGUACUCAGCAAUGUACGUACUCGGAAAAUGUAUUUUGAUCUGAAAUUUUUGCCCCGAUUAACGCAUAGUUAUAUCAUCAACCGAGGGACCUAGAUGAUAGAUAGUGAAUAUUGCGGUACCUUGUUGUACCCCGGUGUUUGAAAAUUGGUUUAAUAUCGCUAAACGAAAUUGGAAUAUCGUUCGGAAGCUACAGAUGGUCAUCGAGAAGAAGUCAUCCAACUUCCAUUGAUUGUAUUUAUAGUUUCCAGAUUUAUUUUUACGUCAAGAGUUUUUGGUACAAAAAAAAAAAAACAAACAAAACAAAAACAAAAAACGAUGCAUCCGCCUGCCGGAUGAACGGAUAAUAUCUCAUUCCGUAGUGGCGUACCCCUGUGAGGUGACGGAACGUGUCUACCUGUAUAAAAGAAAAGUGUAUACGUUUAUCAUCGGCUGUAAACCAAAACAAAAAUAAACUACAUUGAUACUAAAGAAUGGAGCCACUGGUGGCAGGACGGAGACGAACUACCACAAGGCAUUCGGCCGAGGAUCAAGCUCUUGAUCAAAUUGCAAAAGAGGCAGAAGCUCGAUUAGCAGCUCGGAGACAAGCUAGAGCAGAGGCUAGAGAGAUCCGAAUGCGAGAAUUGGAGAGACAGCAAAAAGAAGCUGAGGAGAACGCAGAUAGAGUCUACGAUAUGUGUACUGACCUAAUUUCAGCUGAUGCUAACCGAACGAUGAGGGUGACACCAGAUCCUGUGAGAACAUCUCGCCUUCUCACAAAUUCCAAUAACUUUCAGUCAAGUCGAAGGUCGUCCGAAGAUUCCUUGGAAGAUGCCGGCCUUAGUAGAGAUCUUAGGUUAGAACUUAAGGAAUUCGAGGAAAAAUUCCGCAGAGCUAUGAUAACUAAUGCACAAUUGGAUAAUGAGAAGUCAACUUAUUCGUAUCAAGUAGAUUUAUUGAAAGACAAACUUGAAGAAUUAGAGGAGACAACUGCUCAAUUGCGCCGAGAGCUAAGAGAAAAAAAUCGAGAAGCUGAACAAUUGAAGCGUAUAAGUCAACGCCUGAAAGAAGAUUUGGAUGUUUGCAGGGUGCAACUACUGGAACGAGACACACUUAUCCAGGAAAAUGGUCUUGUUAUAGUAGAAGACGAGGGGGAGGAGAGUGAUGCUGACAUACCAGAAAAUGGUCCACAUCCAAGAAAAAGAGUACUAGUCAGUACAGAGAGUGCGGAUUUGUUGCAAAAUGCUGGAGAAGGAUCACUGGAUGUCCGACUGAGAAGAUUUGCAUCUGAGAAGAAAGAAUUGCAAGAUGAAAUUCGACAUUUAAGGCUGGAAUUGGAAGAUGCAAAGAAUCGUGUUCGAUCAGAGAGGUUACCAGGUUCGAUGUUGGGAAACUUAUCAGACUCUGAAGACAUUCAACGAGAGGCAAACAAGCACUUAUCAGAUUACAAAUUCAAACUGCAAAAAGCCGAACAGGAUAUGUCCACACUGCAAGCGACAGUCGCCAGGCUAGAGAGUCAAGUUAUUCGAUAUAAAUCUGCAGCAGAAGCUUCCGAAAAGGCAGAAGAUGAAUUAAAGGUUGAAAAGCGAAAGCUACAACGAGAGGUACGAGAAUCACAGGGCCGAGUAGAGGAGCUUGAAACCGCAAAUUCUCAUUUACAACGUAGGCUAGAUAAACUUAAGAACGCCAAAUCUGCACUUCUGAAAGAACUUUGAUAAGAAAAUCUGCUUGGACCCGCACGUUAAUGUUACCGUUAGUUUGGGUUCAAUUAUUAUAUAUCUAUUCUCCAUAGAACAUAUGUCGUUGAAUUCUCAGACAUGAAAAAAGAUGUCUUCUGAGUCAUGAUAAAAAUUAACAUUGCCUAAAUAUUUAACAGAUUGAUCGGAGAAAGGGAAAAAAGAAUCAAUUUUUAAAUGCUCCAAAGCAAUAUGAUUACAGAACGAUUCGACUUUGAUUGGAAAAAGGGAAAAAAGAAUCAAUUUUUAAAUGCUUUAAAGCAAUAUGAUUACAAGACGAUUCUACUUAGAAGAAAUACUACCAAGGCUAUUAGUCAUUGGAAUCUGUCUCUAAUUUAUCUUAAUCAAUGGCCAUAUUUGAUUAAUAUUCAGGUCUGGUUCAUGAAAGUAUCACGCUUUAUUUUCCCCUAACAAAGGUUGGCUGUUUGGUACUUGUUAUCUGCACCAACCUUGCGAAUGCCAUACUACGCUCCGGCUAAUAUAAACACAAGAAUUGUUUAAUUUAAUAUUUUGUAAUUAUUAACUUAUAUAAGACAUCGUAUUUUAACGAUUA